AGCAAAGUCUUCCUUUACUCCACACACGCUUCUAAGCCUCGCUACUAACUACACUUUAUUCAUCCUCCGUGUCAGGAUAAACUCCACUCGUCUCAGUCAACUUUGGACAUUAUUAGGCCCGCUUAGCUUGCUACUUGUUUUAGCGCGUUAGUUAGCUUAGCGUGCUAGUUAGCUUAGCGUGCUAGUUAGCUUAGCGUGCUAGUUAGCUUAGCUUGUUAGCUGCUAACAAAGAGACGCGGAUUUGAUCAACACAUCGCUUAGUUAAGAUCAAGUGUGAGGGUAAAGUGUUGUGAUUGUGUGAAAAUGUGUGAAAGAACGAUAGCAGAGUACAAAGAGGAACUUUCUCGGACAAAAGAAGAAAACAAAAGACUACGUCAACUACUGGACGCUGUUUUCAAGAAACCUCAAGUUGUGUUACACAGAACAGAUGUCCAGCAGCCCCCCAACAUGAAAGAGGAAGAGGAUGAUCCACAGCCCACACACAUGAAAGAGGAAGAGGGGGAUCCACAGCCCACCCACAUGAAAGAGGAAGAGGAUGAUCCACAGCCCACCCACAUGAAAGAGGGAGAGGGGGAUCCACAGCCCCGCCACAUGAAAGAGGAAGAUGAUGAUACACAGCCCCCUCACCUGAAAGAGGAAGAGGGGGAUCCAGAACCCACCCACACGAAAGAGGAAGAGGAUGAUCCACACAUGAAAGAGGAAGAGGAUGAUCCGCAGUCCACCCACAUUAAAGAGGAAGAGGAUGAUCCACAGCCCCCCCACAUGAAAAAGGAAGAGGAGGAUCCACACAUGAAAGAGGAAGAGGAUGAUCCACAGCCCCUUCACAUGAAAGAGAAAGAGGAGAAUUCACACAUGAAAGAGGAAGAGGAGGAUCCACACAUGAAGGAGGAAGAAGAGGGAGAGUGUGUUGUAGGGCAGGAGGAGGAUGAUGUCAGCAAGUUUCCACUGACUGUUGUCUUUGUGAAGACUGAAGAGCAUGAAGACAAAGCACCUGAGUCCUCACAGCUUCAUCACAGUCCAAACGUCCAGCGGGUGUCAGCGGGGAGUCAUGAAGAGGAGUGGCACACCAGUGUGGGACAGAAGGAGCUACAGGCCCCCUCCCACAUUAAAGAGGAGCAGCUUCAUGAUGAAGAUGAAGCUCAGUCCUUACAGCUUCAUCACAGUCAAAGUGAGGAGAACAGAGGGGCGGAGCUUGUAAGUCAACACAUCACAGAAGCUGAUGGAGAGCAUUGUGAAGAUAUCAAGUCAGAACCAGACAGCAUCUUUGCUCCACUGUCAGACAUGGACCACAUGAUGUCACACUCUUCUGAUCACAGUGACCACAUCCAAAAACCUUUGGAGAGUAAAAAUGACUCUAAAGGUGAUACGAGACAUCACACUAACAACAAACACUUUGACUGCUCUGAAUGUGGGAAAUUAUUUAGACAAAAGAGUAAUUUUACAAGACACAUGAGAACACAUACUGGAGAGAAACCUUUUACUUGCUCUGUUUGUAAGAAAAGUUUCUCCACUAAGCAAAGCAUGACCACACACAUGAGAACACACACUGGAGAGAAAGCUUUUACUUGCUCUGUUUGUAAGACGAGUUUCUCCAUAAAGCGUAACAUGACCACACACAUGAGAACACACACUGGAGAGAAACCUUUUACUUGCUCUGUUUGUAAGAAGAGUUUCUCCACAAAGGAACGCAUGACCACACACAUGAGAACACACACUGGAGAGAAACCUUUUGCUUGCUCAGCUUGUGCUAAAAGAUUCAACACUAAGUGGGAAAUUAUAUUGCACAUGAGAACACACACAGGUGAGAAACCUUUUGCUUGCUCAGCUUGUGCUAAAAGAUUCAACACUAAGAGGGACAUUAUAUUACACAUGAGAACACACACAGGUGAAAAACCUUUUACUUGCUCUGUUUGUAAGAAGAGUUUCUCCAGAAAAGACAGCAUGACCACACACAUGAGAACACACACUGGAGAGAAACUGUUUAGUUGCACUGUGUGUGAUAAGAUGUUCAGGUUAAAGUAUCAGGUCAGUAGACACAAGUGUGUAACAGUCAUGGAAGCUGCAGGGAUGUAAAAACACUUAAACAGUGAUUGUGCUAAAUGUAGUUUAAAAACACAGCAUGUUUAAUAAGAAUGUAUAUUUGAUGUUGUAUGUAGUGCUUCUCAUCUUCUAGUCUUAUAUGUUGUCCUGUACUUACUUUUUAAGUUGUGUGCAUGUUUUGAAUAUUAUAUAUGUAGCUACUCUUUUAUUCUAUUUUCUCAUUGUUAAAGAGAGGACAUCUUAUUAUUUGCAUUGGUAUUUUUCCCACACAUUUUUUCCAUUGCAUUUUAUUGAUGUUAUUAUCCAACUAAAAGUAUGAAUGAAUAAAAUGGUUAACAAAAUGUGGACUCUGGUAGAUUAGCAGCAUUGUUACAUCAUGGAUGUUAACUACUGCAAAACAUCAACAAAGAAGAAAAAUGCUGAAGUUAGCAACACAUCACUGAACUUUAGAGCCAUCGUGAGUGGAGUUGCUUGUUUUUAUUGCUGCAUUUGUACUUAUUUCACCUCACAUCUUCACUUUUAAUCCUAAAGUCUUCUUCUAAUAUUGUCAUGACGUGGACUAUGAAGGGUUUGUUUUCCCGAGAUGCAAUAAAAGUUGGAGCGGACAUGGCGUGAAGGUAAGGACAUAUUUAUUCUAACAAAGUACAAACAAAAGGGUACUUACAGAAGGCGCGCACAAGGCGGAGAUACAACUUGACUGAAACAAAAAGCUAGCACAAAGGCAACACUAUGGACAUGAAAUAAAUAAGCACUUACUGUGACAUAAACUAUGGCAUGGACUAUGAUAUCAAGGGUAUCAUCAGGUAGCAUGGAUAUCAGAAGUAAUCAGUGGUAUCAGAGUUAAUGUCGCCAGGCUGACUUUCUGGCAACUAUCGGCUUAAAUAGUCGUGAACAUGAUUAGCAACAGGUGCGUGAGUGCAAACGUGAAACAGGUGGAACUAAUGGGUUGCUAUGGUGACCAAACAGGAACUAAAAAGAGUCCAAAAACCAAACAGGGCAUAACUUAAACAAAACAUGAUCACAGACAUGACAGAGAUCCCCCCUUAAGGACA